CUUUCCCUGGGUGCCCACAUGAGCAGAGACACCAGGACGCUCCCUGAGACCACAGCAACUGCAGAAGCUGAAGACAUUUCCAGAAGUUCAAGCUUCCACCCUCUGCAGGUCCCCACUGAGCUGGGACCCAGGUCAUCCACUCCACCCCAAAUCCCUGGAUAGGAAACCCCUUUCUCCUCCUGCUCCUCAUCCCCUUCAUCCCUGCCCCCCAGCAUCCUACUGGCCCCAGCACCUGAGGCCAGACUGUCUGAGAUCCUCUGAAGGCCAGACUGUUGCUGUCCACCCCGGUAGGAGGCAGGCAGCCUGGCCAUGUGCCCUCCGGUCAGCGUGCGGUAUGAGGAAGAGGGCAUGUCCUACCUCUACGCCUCCUGGAUGUAUCAGCUUCAACAUGGAGAUCAGCUAAGCAUUUGCUUCACUUGCUUCAAGGCUGCCUUUCUAGACCUUAAAGACUUGCUGGAGUCAGAGGACUGGGAAGAAGACAACUGGGACCCUGAGCUGAUGGAGCACACUGAGGCAGAGUCGGAGCAGGAGGGGUCCUCAGGGAUGGAGCUGAGCUGGGGGCAGAGCCCAGGACAGCCUGCACAGGAGGGCUCUGAGGCAUGGGGGCUAGGGACCCUGGCAUCAGCCCCAGAAGGGUCGGAAGAUGCAGGUCUGGACCCCCACUUUGUGCCUACUGAACUAGGGCCUCAGGAGGCUGUACCCCUGGGCCUGGGACUUGAGGAUGCUGACUGGACCCAGGGUCUGCCCUGGAGAUUUGAGGGGCUUCUUACCUGCUCACACUGGCCAAGCUUCUUUCCUUCAUAGCAGGGGUUUCUCAAAGUGGACCUGCCCCCAGGGGAGCCCAUGGUGUUGGGGCUGGGCAUUAUCUGGGCAGUGGACCCUGCCGAGGAUGAG